UGCGCAACCUAAAGAAUGGAGGGAAUGCCAACCAGUUAUGACGCAAAGGAUCGGAUCUGGAGUGGUCCCAAACGAGUUUCAACAUACACCGAUGAGACGUCUCUCGGGAAGGUAAUUUUCAAUGGCAUGAGGAACUGGCCAAAGAACAUUUGUCAGAUUAACGAUGUGGAUGGCGUGGAAAUGACCUUUGAUCAGGGCAUAACUUGGGCUAUUCGUAUUGCCCAGAUCCUGAAGAAAAAAGGACUGAAACAUCCGGAUGUAAUUGGUAUUUCGGCCAGGAACUCCACAUAUGUAACCCCUGUGGCACUGGCUUGUCUGUUGAAUGGAACACCUUUCCACGCGGUGAAUCCGGUAUCGGACGAAGCUACCUUGACACACAUUUUCUCCAUAACCAAACCAACUGUGAUAUUCUGCGAAGGGCAGGAGUACCAGAAGGUCCUUUCCGCAACUAAAGGAUGGCAGCCAGAGAUCGUUACAGUCAUUGAUCCAAUUGAAGGAGUGCCCCAUAUCGAAAGCUUUUUAGAACCUACGAAGACAGAAAUGUUUUACCAACCAGAGCCUUUAAAGGAAGGUGGCGAACAGACUGUGGCCAUCCUGUGCUCUUCUGGAACUACUGGAUUGCCCAAGGCUGUCUGCAUAUCCAAUAAAACACUUUUUAUGGACUUCCCAAUGAUAAACAGCGAUUGGGUCCAAUUUUCUGCCAGUGGUCUGGAUUGGUACAGUGGUUUGACUGCUUUCCUCUUAAGCACUGUAGUUGGUUGCACUAGGAUUAUAACCAAAAAACCCUUUGCACCAGACUACUUUGUAAAGCUUGUUGAGAAGUAUAAGAUCAACUCUGUGAUUCUGCCUCCUCGCCAUAUGUCUGCCCUGAUCGCAUUUCCCGGAGCCACGAAGGAGGCCUUGGCAUCCAUUCGAAUUGUAACCUACGGAGGAGGAUUUACGUCCAUGACCACACUGAAGAAAAUGCAGGAACUUUGUCCGAAUGCGAUACUGACCUCGGGUUACGGCAUGACUGAGGUGGGUGGAGUAGCCAUGAACUUUGGACUCGGAAACGUCAACACUGCAGGCAAACCACUGCCAGGUGUUAAGGUUCGCAUCGUGGACGAUGAAGGGAAGAGCCUGGGUCCCAAUGAGAAGGGCGAGAUCUACGCCCACACAGGUCUUCCCUGGAAAGGAUACUAUGGAAAUCCAGUGGAGUCUCUAAAAACACAGGACCACGAAGGAUGGGUUCAUACCGGUGAUCUGGGCUAUUUUGAUGAUCAGAACCAGCUCUACGUGGUCGAUCGCAAGAAGGAGAUCUUCAAGUACCAGGGAAACCAUUACUGGCCCUCUGAGAUCGAGGGCGUUAUCUUGGAGAUGCCCCAGGUGGAGGAAGUGUGUGUCAUAGGCAUCUAUGAUGAGCUACAGGGAGAUGCAGCAGGAGCACUGGUGGUCAAGAGAGAGGGAUCCUCAGUCACCGCUCAGGAGAUUAUAGAUUAUGUGUCCAAGAGACUUCCCUCGAUUCAAAAGCAACUCCAUGCCGGUGUUCAGUUUACCGAUAAACUGCCCGCCAAUCCAAAUGGAAAGACUUUGCGACGGGUGGCGCGUGAGGUAUUCGUUGCUAAAACAGGAGCUAAGAAAUAAGAUUUUUAUAACAUCGUAAAAAUGAAUUAAU